AUCGGCAGAAGCGAAGCGGGGAGAAGGAAGUUUGGGUCUCUGCAGCCGCCGUAGAAGCAGCGCGCAGUUUCUAUGGCAACGGUAGGAAGCCCGGGAGGUUUGCGGACUGCGCGGCCCCCGCGGCCCAUUGUACCCACCGCGGCGCGGAGUCCGUGGCCGGCCCGGCGCCGCGGGUGCAGCUGCUGAACCGACGCGGCGUCCUCCCCAUGGACGCCUCCUCCCCUUGGAUCCCCACCCCGGCUCCCGUCGGCAGUCCUUCCUUGCUGCUCCCCAUCCCCGCCAUCGUCUUCAUCGCGGUGGGCAUCUAUCUGUUGCUGCUAGGCCUCGUGCUGCUGACGAGGCACUGCCUGCUGGCCCAAGGUUGCUGCACGGAUUGCAGCUCCCCCUGCAGGAAGCAAGGCGCCUCCAGGCCCCAGGACUGCUGCUGGACCUGUGCGGAAGCCUGCGACUUCCCCCUGCCCAGCCCCGCUCACUACCUGGAUGCCUGCUGCCCCCAGCCCACUGAAGCUGGUUGGGCCCCUCGCUGCCCUCGCUGCUGCCCACUCUGUGACUGUGCCUGUGCGUGCCAGCUUCCUGACUGCCAGAGCCUCAACUGCCUCUGCUUUGAGAUCAAGCUCCGAUGAAGACCCACGCCCCUGCCCUCUGGGGAGUGGCCAGCCCCCAGGGCCCACUUGCCCGCUUCCCUGAGGGGCCUCAGGCCACUGGAACCACGGAUGGACUGGCUGG